AUGUCCACUGCAGCUGAAACCUCUUUUGCCAAACUUAAGGCAAUCACUAGGCAGAUUGUUGACAUUGUCUGCGAAGCUCAGCAGCUCCCACCCUGCAACAGCCACCUUGCUCUGAAAACACAAGUCACUGAACUGGUGGCUAAGGCCGUCCAGGACCAUGAGGAUGCACCUUGCAUUCCAGGCAUAGUCUUGUCCUGCUUCAAGGAGUUACUUCACAUUCGGCACAUGUCCCCCCAGGUUUGGUCCAACUGGCACAGCAUCAGUCAUGAUGAUCCUCGCCUCCAGAAGCACAGCUGGCGCCACAAGGUCUUUGCUUGGGAGGCUUUAGGCGACCGGAAGUUCGAUCUUUCCCUCAAGGCCCCCAAAUCCCUUGACACUGUCGCCAUUGACCUUCCCUCCCCACCUGUCGUCGCUGGCAGCAUUGCCGGCCCAUCCUCCGGCACUAUCACCGAGUCCUGGGAGAAGUGUAAGGAUAAGGGUAAGGGUAAGAGUCACAAGAGGGCAAAGUCAGCUCACAUUGUGAAGUCGUCCAAGUUUGUGGAGUUCGAGGAUGAAGAUGAAGACAAGCUGGCUGCCCAAGGAGGGCCAGUUGUCUUCCUUCAUCGUCUCACCUCAGUCUCGCCCCAGGUCCCCAAGAAGGCACCUUUUGGCCCUGUGAAGGUAAUUGCCGGAAGACGUCUGAAGGUCAUCGAGCACAUGGACUUGACGUCCAACACCCCCGUGGUCACCCCAGUGGUGGCUCAGGUAAUUGCUGGAAGACAUCUGGAGGUUGUCGAGCACAUGGACUUGACAUCCAACACCCCCAUGGUCACCCUGGUGGUGGCGCCAACUAUCAUCGAUACAGAUGACAUUCUCAUUCCUGGACCCAUGAAACAACCCAUGCUGGGCUUGCAACAACAUGGAGUUGCCCUGCAUGACCUGUUUCAACAAGAGGACUGGGAAUGGCCUUCUCUCCUAAGUCCAUCAAAACGGUCGUGGGGUAAGGCAACCACCUGGAAGGCCAGGUCUCAGACACCUUCCAAAGCUGGAACUACCAGUGCCAGUGCUGCUGGAUCUGCCAGUGCAUCUGCUGUGACCACGCCUAAGAUGUGCAGUCGCAGCAAGACAAUAACUGCUGUCAAGGCACCUGCCCCACCACCUACACCCUCACCUGCACCAGCUCCAAUUGUGUCUUCGAGUGCCCAUGUGCCUCAUGCAGCUCUCGAUGUCCCCAUGCCGGACCUCCAUUCCAUGGCAAUGACUAUUUGCGAUAGUGCCGGACGCAUCAACGCUCUCAAGGAUCAUGUUGCCGAGCAGGGGAGACUUAUUGAUACCCUCACCAGGCUCCAUGAGAGCCUUCAAUGCGGAACCAUGGAACACCAUCCCUCAUUUCCCCUUCCCAUUACUCCGGCAAUUGCAACGUCUUUGUUGCUUGAUCAAUCUGUCACUGGAACAACAUCACCCUCCAAAUCUGCACUCCCUCCUCUCAUUGAUCUUUCGAUGGCAGGGAUGGAGCCCACACCCUCGACAAUUGAGGAUCCCUCUGCCAUCAAGGGUCUCAUAUUUGAGCUGAGCCAAGUUCAACUAGCCCUGGACCCAUCACCUACUCCCCCAACUGCCGGAGACAUUGUGGUGCUGGAUGAUCCAUGCAACCUUUUCCUGGAAUACAAUUCUGCUGAUGACAUGGAUGUUGAGGUCAAGGUUGAAGUUGAAGGUGGUGAUGAGGGUCAUCUGGGUGAGGUUGAAAUGUCUACAUAA